AUGCCUUUCCACGCUGAACCUUUACGAGCGAAUAAAGAAAUUGAUAUCGAUUUAGAACACUCAAUUGCUGCUCAAAAAUUCCCUGAUAUCAGAGCGGUUUUAGAAGGUAAUAGAUGGUGGAGUAGAAAAGUAACUCAGGAAGAACCUGAGACUUGGAAAGAACAAGUUAAAGGUCAAGCUCCAAACUUCCUUUGGAUAGGAUGUGCGGAUUCUCGAGUACCUGAAGUUACUAUCAUGGCUAGAAAACCAGGAGAAGUCUUUGUACAACGAAACGUAGCAAACCAAUUCCAACCACAAGACGACGCUUCCCAAGCUUUGCUGAACUACGCUAUCAUGAAUGUCGGUGUCUGUCAUGUCAUCGUCGUCGGACACACAGGUUGUGGUGGUUGUAUCGCAGCUUUCGACCUCCAAGCACCUAAACAAGGUGAAAAAUUCUGCGAUGCUGCAACACCUUUAACUCGAUUCUUGGAUCCCAUCAUCAGAUUAAAACAUUCUUUACCUGAAGGCAGUGAUGUCAAUGAUUUGAUCAGGGAGAACGUCAAAAUGAGUGUUAGAAACGUAGUCGACAGUCCUACAAUUCAAAACGCUUGGGAGUUAUCUCGAAAAGGUGAAUUUAGAAAGGUAUACGUUCAUGGAUGGCUUUACGACCUUUCCACAGGUCUCAUCAUCGACCUUAACAUCACCCACGGUCCAGAACCCAUCGUAGCUGAAAACAUGCCAAAACCUUCGACAAAUGGUACAACCAAGACUGAGACUCCCAACUGA